CUAAAUCACAAUCCAACAUAGUAUAUCUUAUUGAACCAACAAAAUGUCCACAAACAGCACCCUCCAAAACGCAAAGGAAGUCGAUUCCUACGCCGUGUCUCAUCUAGUUCCAGCUGAUCAAGCCCUAACCGACACUAUCUCCAGCUGCGCCAAAAAUGGUAUACCACCGAUUGCGGUCUCCCCAGCCCAAGGAAAAUUCCUUGCGCUUUUGACUAAGAUGUCAGGCGCCCACAACGUGCUAGAAAUCGGCACUUUAGGCGGCUACUCCAGCAUCUGGUUCGCCCGGGCCCUGAAAGCCAAUGGCAAUAAGGGGAAGGUGACUAGCAUCGAGAUCCUCGAGGAUAGGCGAGAGCUUGCUAUGCAAAAUCUGCGCAAUGCUGGGGUGAAAGUUCCGGAAGAGGCCGAGGUGUUACUAGGACCCGGUUUGGAGGUAUUGCCUCGGUUGGAGGAGGAAAUCCAGCAGGGGAAGCGACCAAAGUUCGAUUUUGUGUUUAUUGAUGCGGACUGGGAUAAUCAGUGGCAUUACUUCGAUUAUGGUGUCAAAUUAUCCAAGGGCCCUGGGGCUGUCAUAUUGAUUGACAAUGCCGUUCAAGUCUUGCUGGAAGAUGGAAUCGUGGGACCGGAGAAGCGUAAGGAAGGAGCGAUAUCCGUGGUAGAAAAGGUUGGACAGGAUAGACGAGUGGAAGCAGCGCUUGUACAGACGCUGGGUACAAAGAGCCACGAUGGCUUCUUGAUGGCUUUAGUGGUGUGAUGUUUGGUUUCUGGUUUGUUGCUCAUGAGUCUUCGAGGUUUUAUUAUAUGUCCAAGUCGCUGUCGUAUGUAUUCAGUAUAUUUGAAUUUUCGGAUUGACAAUGGAUAGUCCAAACAGCCUCUUUCGAACGGUGGAACUCGUUACGUACCUAUAAUAUACUAAGGGUUCAAUUAUUACUACCAUGUUUGUGGAUGCAUUUCGGUGCCUAUUUAUUACAAGUCCGUUACGUCUUGGCAUUUCUCUACUGUUACUUUA